UCAUCUCCUUUUUUCUGUUGCUGUCUGUAACUGUGAAAAUAGCCAAAAUGUUGGCAAAAACGAGCGUGGACGGCUCGCUGCGGGCUUUGAGGACGCUGCGGCUGCUGGUUCUGGUGAGCCUGUGUGUGUUCAUCAGUGUCUCAGCAGCAUCAUCUCCAGCCCAGGAGGAGGACAGUGCCAUGGAGAACAUCGUUACAGAGAAGAAGGCUGAGGAGAGCCACAGACAGGACAGCGCAGACCUGCUCAUCUUCAUCCUGCUCCUCACCCUCACCAUCCUAACCAUCUGGCUCUUCAAGCACCGGCGCUUCAGGUUUCUGCACGAAACCGGGCUGGCCAUGAUUUACGGCCUUAUUGUCGGGGUGAUCUUGCGCUACGCCGUUCAGGUCCCUCGGGAGCCCAGAGUCAUUUUGCCGAGCUGCGUCAACUCCAGCCCCGCCACCCUGCUGGUAAAUGUCAGUGGCAAAUUGUACGAAUACACCUUGAAGGGGGUGAACAGUGGCAACGAGAUGACUGACAACGAGAUGCUGCGCAAGGUUACGUUCGACCCUGAGGUUUUCUUCAACAUUCUUCUCCCGCCCAUCAUCUUUCAUGCAGGCUACAGCUUGAAAAGGAGACAUUUUUUCCAGAACAUGGGAUCCAUCCUGGCUUAUGCCUUCGUGGGGACAGUGAUUUCCUGUUUUAUUAUUGGGUUGUUGAUGUACGGCUGUGUCACGCUGAUGAAGCACCUGGGCCGGCUGGGUGGAGACUUCUUCUUCACUGACUGUCUAUUCUUUGGAGCCAUUGUCUCGGCAACAGACCCGGUGACGGUCCUGGCCAUCUUCCACGAGCUGCAGGUUGACGUGGAUUUGUAUGCGUUACUGUUUGGAGAGAGCGUCCUCAAUGAUGCAGUAUCGGUCGUUCUGUCCUCGUCUAUUGUUGCAUACCAGCCACAAGGAGACAACAGCCACACGUUUGAAGCCAUGGCCUUGCUGAAGUCUUUAGGGAUGUUCCUUGGCGUUUUCAGCGGCUCCUUCUCUCUGGGCGUUGCCACGGGAAUCGUUACAGCUCUCGUGACGAAGUUCACCAAACUGAGGGACUUUCAGCUGCUGGAGACGGCUCUGUUCUUCCUCAUGUCCUGGAGCACCUUCCUGCUGGCUGAAGCUUGUGGCUUCACAGGUGUUGUGGCUGUGCUCUUCUGUGGCAUCACUCAGGCCCACUACACCUUCAACAAUCUGUCUCCAGAGUCUCAGGACCGGACAAAGCAGCUUUUUGAGCUGUUAAAUUUCCUGGCAGAAAACUUCAUCUUCUCCUACAUGGGUCUGACCCUGUUCACCUUCCAGAACCACAUCUUUAAUACCAUGUUCAUCGUCGGAGCUUUUCUGGCGGUGUUUGUGGGAAGAGCUGCUAACAUCUACCCUCUGUCGCUCCUCCUUAAUCUGGGUCGACGCAACAAGAUUAGGUCCAACUUCCAGCACAUGAUGAUGUUUGCAGGGCUGCGCGGUGCGAUGACCUUCGCCCUCUCCAUCAGGGACACGGCCACGUACGCCCGCCAGAUGAUGUUCUCCACCAAUCUUCUGGUGGUUUUCUUCACUGUGUGGAUUUGUGGUGGCGGCACCACUCAAAUGCUGUCCUGUCAGCGGAUACGAGUGGGAGUUGACUCUGAUCAGGAAAACUCUAUGAGUUUUGCUGACGGAUCAGAGAGGAGAAGCACCAAACAAGAAAGUGCCUGGCUUUUCAGAAUUUGGUACAACUUUGACCACAACUACCUGAAGCCCAUCCUGACGCACAGCGGCCCCCCUCUCACCACCACGCUGCCUCCCUGCUGCGGCCCCCUCGCCCGUUUCCUCACCAGCCCCCAGGCCUAUGAGAAUGAGUGUCAGCUAAAGGACGACGACUCUGACCUCAUCCUGACGGACGGUGACAUCAGCCUGACUUAUGGCGACAUCACGGUCAGCACCGACGCCACAGGCGCCCACACCAGCAGCGGACUGGCCGUGGACGACCUGGACCGGGAGCUGGCGUACGGCGAUCACGAGCUGGUGAUGAGGGGCACGCGCCUCGUUCUGCCCAUGGACGACUCGGAGCCGCCGUUCACGGAUCACCUGCGGAUGUGAAAACCAGGUUUCAGCGCAAACGUCCAGUAAAAUCAGACCUGAGCCACUGAGCAAAAGACGAGUACUCUCCUCUUUUCACACUCCCUUUUUAUUUAACUUUUUUUUCUUUUUGCUCACUUCCUCUUUAGGAAAUCUCUGUCUCUACCUCAUUCUCUUUCUGCUCAUUUCAUACCUCUUAUUAAAUCAUUCCUGGUUUUCUUCACAUUUCUCUCUCUUGUCAUUCAGCUUACUGUAGCAUUGCAGCAUGAGUUAGUGAGUAAAUGCAAACCCCAACCACUUCCUAAUUUGUCAGUGUACAGUAUAUCUCAAGAGAAACUAUAACGUUGUUAUGCAUGUGGAGGUUGCUUGUGUUUUCUUUGUAUUUUAGCAUAUAGAGCUUUUUUUUUCUUUUUUUUUUCGGUCGGCGUUUUGGGUCUGACUUUGAAUGUUGCUGCCUUUUCUCUGAGCAUCAGAGGCAAGCUGACCCAGUGGAAAACUUUACUGUACAUUUGGUUACAAUCAAGUGCCUGGGAAUUGUAGUUUUUAAGCAUGGCAACUCUAUACUAGAUUAUCUCUGAGAGGGAAAGUAACUUUGGGAUGGUACAGGAGAAAAUAUGGAAAUAUAUAUUAAACCCAAGAGAAGCCUCCGUCCCUAAAGGUAGCAAUAUACCGCGCAGGUGUGUCGGGAGAGUUUGUGCUUGUAAAUAUUGUGUGAAGCCAGCGGGCAGCGACAGGAGCCAGUUACGGAUCUCUGUGGGUGACCUUAGACUGUGACAUUAGAGAGAGGCUUAACGCCUUCCUCUGGACGCCGGUCACAGCAGAUUGAAGGUUUGCUGCUGUGAAAGUGAGACCUAAAUGAAGUGAAGUGAGUCAGCUUUGUGCCAUUCCCGUCACGCAUUUUGACGCUUCGUGUAAACCGAAUCCAUUCGGCCUUAAAGUGUUUUCUACGCUUUUUGCAGAGGAACAUUUGUCAUGCACAUCCAGCUUUGUUCACAUAUUUCUAUUCAGAUAUUUUUUCAGUAAAGUGAUAUAAAAUAAAACGUUUCGGUACCUAAA